CUCGACGCUCCUCCGCCCGCCGCCGCCGACCGCCGCCCCGCCCCAUAAUCCCGUGUCUUUGCUGGCUGGCUUGCUGGCUUGCUUGCUUUGCCUUGCUCGUUCGUUUCUCCUGCCAGCGUCCCGUGAAGCUCGCAAUGCCUUCACUGUCAUGGGUAAAAUCGAAUCGCUCCCACCACUCCAUUGAUACCUCGUCCGGCCAGGUGUCACCAGUGCCCUCGGGCAACCAUCUUCACGUCAACGACCAACCUCCAAGAUACACCAGCGCUCCCGACGCCCAGACCCAGCAGCACCUGUCCCAGCAGCAGCAGCAGCAACAACAGCAACAAAUCUCCCCCGGCGGCUAUCGCCAGCAGUUCCCCGAGCGCAGCACCAGCCAUCGCCAUUCCACAAACGUCACCCUCGACCAGCAGAACCUGCACCAGAUCCAGAGCGCUUCCGGAUCCUCCUACAACGAAGCACCGGUGCGUCGCGGCUCUCUUCAGCCGCAGCAUUAUAGCCAGGAGCAGCCGCCCAAGAAGGCCAAAGAGGGCCUGCGCAGCCGACUCGGAUUCGGGAAAUCGCAUAAAGAAGAGGAAGACACGCCAAAGGCCAGCAAGACCGAGAAGCUUGGGCGCCGCGUCUCUGUUGCGCGAAAGCCUCACGAUUACCAGGCGCAUCAACAGCAGCAGCAGCAGCAGCAGCAGCAGCAGCAUCCGGAUCAGAGCAGAUUGCAGCCCAGCCCGUGGAACGACUCACGCCACGGAACAUCCAACCACCACCUCCCCCCGUCGCCAGAACUCAACGAAGACCAAAACCUCGACCCUUUUCUGCAGCAGGACGACAAUCCCUCGGUGCCCCCCAAAGACGGCCAUUUCGCCGGCCACCCAGCCCAGUACUCCCAGAACCCGCCUCAGGACCAGUAUCGGCCCCCACUCGCUAGAGUGAACACCGACGGCACCACUGGCAGUUAUCACGCGCAGGGCGGGGUAGACCAGCAGCACCCGCGCUACAGCCCCGAACACCAACAACAACAUCAACAGCAGCAACAACAGCAUCUUCCACAACAGCAGCAGCAGCAGCAGAACCCCCAGCUCUCCCCCAAUCACUCCCAGCAGCAGCAGCAGGUCCCUUCGCCGCCCCAGUACCAGACCUACCAUCCUUCAGCUCCGCCGCAACAGCCUGGUCAAGGCGAGUACAAGGCGUUCCACCUCCCUGGUCAGCAGAACCCCCUCGCUACCAACGCCCAAUUGCACCCUCCCGAGCACCCAACGCAACCGCAACAACACGUCCAGCAGCAAACCUACUACCAGUACCAAGCCCAGCAACAGGCACAGCAGCUUGCGUCUCAAUCCUCUUCGCACGAAUCCCACCCCCAAAACACCCACUACUCCCAGCAGGGCCAGUUCUCACCGCCGCUUCAGCCGCACCACGGCCAAGAGCAUUCCCAACCUCACCACGUCCGUGGGUCAUCCCAAGGCAAAGUCGAGCUCAACACCCCGCUGCCCACCCCGCCCGUCGAAGCCCAGCAUUCCCAGCAACUUCGCCCGCCCUCCUCGCAAGGCCACAUUGCCCCGCCAUCGCCUCUCCAAACCCAGGGCGUCAAUUUCACUCCCUACGACGCCCACCAGGGACAGCAAUCGCAGAAUCCCGACCCCCGCGCUCAGAACACGACUCCCCCGCAGCAAACCCAGGACAGUAUGGCUCCUGCCACCCAGAAACACACCCUCAGGAAGGUCAACGAUGGGAGUCAAGCUCAAGCCGGACCGCCAUCGAGAGAAAGUUCCUUGCUGUCGCAACCCUCAACCCAAGCUUCGCAAGGCCAGCCAUUCCGCGGGGACAAACAGGGCCAGCAGGCUUCAAGUGGAGAUCUAGGACGGGCCACACCACCGCCGCGCUCUGCGACUGACAUGUCCGAAGAAGAAAUCAGCUCGUUGGUCAAAGAGCACGAGGUUCUGCGCGAGAAAUACCAAAAAGUCAAGAGGUACUUUUUCGAGCAGCAGACUCAAGUGCACCAGCUACAAAACACGCUCGCGAACCAGCGUCUGUCGGUCUCACGCACAUCCUGGGAUGAUAGCGAAUAUGGAACACGAUUCCAGCGGCUCGACGGGCUAAUCGCACAGCUGUCGUUCGCUAUACGCAAAGAUUGGAAGACAAUUCCUCCUUGGCUGCACACGGUAGUGAACAAGACUGCCGUAGAAACUGGCAAACAGGAAAUGACUGCUGUCGGACGUGCAUUCAUCUCGUGUUGGCUGGUGGAGAACAUUUUUGACAAGUAUUUCCACCCUGAUCUGGAGCCUGGCCUGUCGACGCAGUUGAAAGCCAUACAGCUCAACAUCCGAAGAAACGCACCUCCCGCACAGAGUCCCGAAGAUGAGGAUGCAUUAGUUGCCAAGGUCAUCAACUGGCGCCUAGCCACUCUGGAGGGUCUCUCCGACAUGCUCAAGGCCAAUACGGCGGCAGCGAACCGAGCUACGCUCACCGAAAAGUUGAACGAGCAGCUCAUUGGCUCUUUGCAAAUGUAUAUGAAUGAUCCCGCGCCCCCUGAUCUGAACGGAGGGGCAUACAUGAUCAUUGAGUUGGCCAUUAGCGUGGCACAGCACCUUCCCCUCGAAAGCAGAGAAGUGCACAUUGAGUACUUUUACCCUGGAUCUCCUCUUUCUACCGAAUUCAUGAAGGUCGAGUCGGGAAUUCCCGCUUUGACGAGCCCGAUAGAACAGCCCGACGAUGGAGACCGCGCUUCGGUGAGGAGCGGGGUAUCCAGCGUAUCCGUGGUCGAGCAGGAGCAACAGGCACAGCAGGCGCAGCAGCAAGCAAGCCACAACGUCAAAGAGCACUCCAAAAAAUCGAGCAUCUUUGGCAUGAUGUCGAAAAAGCCUGUACAGACACCCGCCACGUUGGGUAAGCAGGGGUCGGCACUUGGACAAGGAGGUAGCCAACAAAGCCUAUCGCAGCCGCCGCCGUCGAGUUCAGGACCCGCCAAAGAGGAGGCACCUCCUUCCAAGGUCCGUCUGUCUGUGGGUUUUGCGGUGGAGAUUCGGGGCAAAAGUAUUCUAGCCAAAGCGCCGGUGUACAGCACGUAA